AGACAAUAAAAAGAAAAUGACCUCGGUUGGAGUAAGAGAGAUGUGCGCUGUUUUUGCCAAUUGAGUCACAUCUGGAGCUUGAAGAGACGAACAAUUUGUCGUUGAAGAAGACAACCUUCGAAACUGUAACAACUUGUGUUCAAUUUUUGGGAUUCUAUGCCACAUUCCAUUCGAUAAUGUUAAUGAUGUUCCUCUAAACAACAUUUUGCAACUACUCAUCUUUUAUCAACCCUUAUCCCUCCCAACCUAAACACUCCAGACUCCUCCUUAACUAUUAGCAAAAAAGAUUUUCAAUUUUCAAUUUUCAAUUAAGUCCCCGAAGAACUUAAAAAUUCCCGAAUAAGUCCUUCUAUAAAUAGGAUAUUUUUUAUUUUUUUCUCCUAAUUUGCAAAAUCACGCAGAGAAACUUCAUCGUCAUGUCGCGGCCGAGAUCCAAAAGAAUCGAACUUCCUCCCGUUCAAGAGAAUGUUGAUAAAUUGGAGAAAGUUGUAAAGGAUGGAAAUUUUUAUGGAGCUCAACAGAUGUAUAAAUCCAUUAGUGCCAGAUAUGUAGCUGCUGAGAGGUACUCUGAAGCAUUAGAUAUCCUAUAUUCAGGAGCAUGCAUUCAAUUGGCUCAUGCGCAGGUUACCUGUGGAGCAGAGCUUGCUUUAUUGUUUGUGGAGACAUUAGUGAAAGGGAAAAUUCCUUAUGAUGAUGAAACCCUUGAUCGUCUCAAAAAAAUCUAUGAAGGAUUUCCUCGGGUUCCGCUGCCACAACACUUGUGGGAUGUCGAUGACAUGCAGCAACUUUCGGAAAACCUUGGAAGUGCCAAGACACGUGUUGAGGGCUGCUCCUCAUUCUUAAAAGCUGCUAUCAAGUGGUCCGGUGAAUUUGGAACAAUUAGUACUGGAUCUCCGGAACUGCACAUUAUGCUAGCUGAAUACAUAUUUUCUGAAAGUCCUGAGGUGGAUAUGAAUAGAGUGACAUAUCAUUUUGUGAGAGGAAAUAAUCCAAAGGAGUUUGCUUCUAGACUAGUGAACUUUUUGGGCAAGUGUUAUCCUGGUGAAGACGAUUUGGCCAUUGCUCGGGCUGUUUUAAGGUAUUUAUCUUUAGGUAAUUUGAAGGAUGCAAACUUACUAAUGGAUGAGAUAAAGUCGCAAACUCAAUCUGCUGAGGUUGAGUUGCCUCGGACAGACUUGAUGCAGUUCAUCAAUUAUCUUUUGCAAACGAUGGAGAGAGAUGCUUUUCCUCUUUUUAAUAUGUUAAGAGUAAAUUUCAAGUCAAGUAUUGAGAGGGAACCUGCCCUCAAUGAGAUGUUAGAUGAUAUUGCGGAGAAGUUUUAUGGCGUACAGCGAAGGAACCCUAUGGGGAUGUUUGGAGAUAUAUUCAAGAUGAUGGGGGCUGCGUAGCGACAUUCAUGAUCGUGACUCUCUUUUUAUAGAGCAGCAACUUCAACUUCUACAGAAUAUUCCAAUAAUUAUAGCACCUUUUUCCCAAGAUAGUUUGAAUUCAUGGUUCAAACAAAAUCCUUGUGUAAUUUAUUGAUGAGGUUUAUUUUGAUGAAUAUGUCAUGAUUUGUAAAUGCUAGUUUCACAAUUUCGAUUAGUACUAUUCAUUUCAAAAGGUUUUUGCUUAUCAAUCUUCUAUUUCGAAGUACUAGAUUAUGAAUGAGAGUUACCGACGAAAAGACGGGUUCAGAACAUCCAUUAAAUCAUUUAACUAUUUUCCCUUCA